UAUCGACGAUGGCCGUUUUCAACGCUACCCUAAAUUCUACAAAAGAAGCAUCAGCAGAUCAAGCACAGGAAGAUAAAGUGGGUAUCUUAAUAGGAAUCGUAGUGCUAGCAAGCGCGCUUAUUGGUUGCAGUCUAGCAUUGGUGGCUCUCGGAAAAGACCUCUUUAUCGGAAGGAAUACACCAAUGGUCCUUGUAGGUGCCUUGGUGUGGGUAGAUUUCAUUGGUGUUUUCUCCACUUCAGUGAUCGUUUUCCAUGGUUUUGUUAAAGGCGCAGAAUGGAUGGCAGAUUCACCACAAUGUGGUUUACAGGCGUUCUUCACAACAGCAUUCGGAUUAUCUUCAGGUGCUGUGGUCACUUCCAUGUCUUUGGAUAGAGUGGCUGCGCUGUACAAACCAUUCUUUUACAAGCAACAUGCCACCCCUUUGCUUACGCGGACAAUCUGUGCAUUUCUCACGAUUCUUUGUCUAGCUUUGGCGGCUCUUCCAUUCUUUGGCAUUGGAAAGUACAAAUUCAAUCAAAGUUCCAGAUCGUUUUGUCAAUUUGAUUGGUUCCCGGUGACACUUACUGAAACAGUUUAUACCUUUGCCAUAGCAGUUUGUGGCGUAACUUUGAUCACCGAGAUGACUGCAUCAAAUAUCAUCGUUUUGGUCAUCGUGGUGCGUAUCAGACAACGAAUGUCAGCGGUCUUGCCCUCAAAGGAUAUGAAAUCUAAGCGCCGUGCACGGAGAGUCGCUUUCCGACAGGAGGAGCAGAUGGCAAAGUUUGUGGCUUUGGCCUCAUUUGUGUUCCUUUUUACUUGGCUACCAGUAACGAUCCGGCUCUUCUGUAAUCUCUUUCGGGCGUAUCCAAGCCAUGUAAUGGACAACCUCUCCCUCAGGCUACUGAUCGUCAAUUUCAUUCUGGAUCCGUUCACUUAUGUACUUUUUAAGAAGAAUUUCAAACGGAAUUUACGGCGCUCUUUUACUGAGCUGUCGCAAUUCCUUGCUGAUGUUCGUCUGAGUAAGAAAAUGAACUGGAAUACAUCGCUAAAAGAAGCGGAUGAUAACACAUCUGCGCUGGCACUCGGGACAAAUGGAGAAGUGUCAGUUGUUGAAAUUAAGCAAAGCCAAUGAGAACUUUCAACCGACCAGG